ACAUUUUUGACAUUGGGAUGAGUGCCCGAUCGGCUUUCGGUCAGCAAAGUAGUUAGCGGAAGAUAUUUUAUAAGUGCAUUAUUUUCUUAAGUGUUAAAUUUGUUUAAGACAUGGCAGAACCAAAAGCUGACAUUGCCCUCAUUGGGUUGGCUGUGAUGGGCCAGAACCUCAUCCUCAACAUGGAUUCUAAAGGAUUUGUAGUUUGUGCAUUUAACAGAACAGUUGCCAAGGUGGAUCAAUUUCUUGCUAAUGAAGCGAAAGGAACAAAAAUUAUUGGAGCUAAAUCCUUAGAAGACAUGGUUGCAAAACUCAAGAAGCCAAGAAAAGUUGUCAUUUUGGUAAAAGCUGGGACGGCAGUGGAUGAAUUUGUUUCAAAAUUGGUUCCACUAUUGGAGAAAGGUGAUAUAAUAAUAGAUGGUGGUAACUCUCAAUACAUGGACACACAGCGCUGGUGCAAGGAACUGAAGCCCACUGGGAUCCACUAUGUGGGAAUGGGUGUGAGUGGGGGGGAGGACGGCGCCCGGUACGGCCCGUCGCUGAUGCCCGGCGGCCACCCGGCUGCCUGGCCCCACGUCAAACCAAUAUUCCAGGCUAUCUGCGCUAAGGUGAACAACGAGCCCUGCUGUGACUGGGUGGGAGAGGACGGCUCCGGCCACUUCGUGAAGAUGGUGCACAACGGCAUCGAGUAUGGCGACAUGCAACUCAUCUGUGAAGCCUACCAUCUUAUGAAGGACGUUUUAGGUAUGGAUCAAGGUGAAAUGGCGCGUGUAUUUGAAGAGUGGAACAAAGGCGAAUUAGACUCGUUCCUUAUUGAAAUCACAAGAGACAUUCUCAAUUUCAAGGAUUCUGAUGGUAAAUACUUGUUGCCGAAGAUUCGCGAUUGCGCGGGCCAGAAGGGCACGGGCAAGUGGACGGGUAUCAGCGCGCUCGAGUACGGCGUGCCGGUCACUCUCAUCGGCGAGGCCGUGUUCGCGCGCUGCCUGUCUGCGCUCAAAGAGGAGCGAGUGAAGGCGAGCGGCGUGCUGCCCGGCGCGGCGGGCAAGUUCACGGGCGACAAGACGGCGUUCCUGGAGCACCUGCGCAAGGCGCUGUACGCCAGCAAGAUCAUCUCGUACGCGCAAGGGUUCAUGCUGCUGCGCGAAGCCGCCAAGGUGCAUCAAUGGAACCUGAACUACGGGAGUAUCGCUCUCAUGUGGCGCGGAGGCUGCAUCAUCAGGAGCGCGUUCCUCGGCAAUAUCAAGGACGCGUUCACGAAGAACCCUCAGCUGUCCAACCUGCUGCUGGACCCGUACUUCACGAAGCACAUCGGCGCGUCGCAGGAGUCGCUCCGGCAGGCGGUGGCGCAGAGCGCGCUGGUGGGCGUGCCCGCGCCGGCACUCGGCGCCGCGCUCGCCUUCUACGACGGCUACCGCGCCGGCGUCUUGCCCGCUAACCUGCUACAGGCGCAGAGGGACUACUUCGGCGCGCACACGUACGAGUUGUCCGCGAGGCCGGGCGUGUUCGUCCACACCAACUGGACCGGCCACGGCGGCAGCGUGUCCGCCUCCACAUACAGCACCUAGACAUGCUAGCUGACUGCACACUAAGGUGGUAUUCAACAGUAGCUGCAGUAAAAA